AUGGCGCUGAACGUCUUCCUGUCCGUGUGGUUCGUCUUCGGCCACUACUGGCUGAUCCGCAUCUGGAAGCCGCACUUCAAGGCGCCGCUGCACGAGCCCAGGAACUGGUGCGACGAGACGGUGUUCUUCUUCACGUUCUGGCAGCUCGUCAUCUGCCACAUCAUCAUCGGGCUGGUCAUAGUGACCGCAAUCAUUCUGUACUGCUGCUAUGUCUGUGUUAAAUGCUUC